AUGAGAGCAUCAACAAGACUCAUAUGGACAGUAACUGUCCUUGUACUUGCAGCUGUGUCGGAAGCAGUCUUCCCUUUACCAUAUAUUCCAUUUCUACCUGGAUCCCAUAACCGUAAGCUUGGGAAACAAGAGGGAGGUAAAAAAGCUGGAGGAAGACGGCGAGGCGGUGAAGAAGCUCAGACAAACUGGCCUGGUAAAUGGGAGUUAUUCUUACCAAACUCGGGUGUGUCAGCAAUGCAUGCGAUUCUAAUGCCAGUCAUCAACCAAGUCCAAUUCUACGACGCAACCAUCUGGAGAAUCUCACAGAUUAAGCUGCCUCCAGGCGUACCAUGUCACGUCGUUGACCCCAAGAUUAAUAGAGUCGAUUGUUGGGCUCACUCGGUUCUCGUUGAUAUCAACACCGGUGCCCUUAAGCCUCUAUCCCUUACUACUGAUACAUGGUGCUCAUCGGGAGGUCUAACCAUCAACGGGACAUUAGUGAGCACUGGAGGAUAUGGAGGAGGAGCCAACACGGCUAGAUACCUAGCUGCUUGUCCAAACUGUCAAUGGAUUGAAUACCCUCAAGCACUAGCUGCAAAGAGAUGGUACUCAACGCAAGCCUCUCUUGCUGACGGAAAGUUCUUCGUGAUAGGAGGACGUGACGCCUUAAACUACGAAUACAUCCCAGAGGAAGGACAAAACAACAAGAAGCUAUACGACUCAUUACUCCUAAAACAAACAGACGACCCGGACGAGAACAACCUCUACCCUUUCGUAUGGCUCAACACUGAUGGUAACCUCUUCAUUUUCGCAAACAACCGUUCCGUCCUUCUAAGCCCCAAAACAAACCAAGUCAUCAAAGAGUUCCCUCAGCUCCCUGGUGGUACACGUAACUACCCUGGAUCAGGCUCAUCUGCACUCCUCCCCAUCCAACUUUACAUGAACAACGCCAAAGUCAUCCCUGCUGAUGUCCUCGUCUGCGGUGGCUCCAAACAAGACGCGUAUAACCGUGCGGGUAAAAAAGAUUUUGAGCCAGCGUUGCAGGACUGCGCGAGGUUAAGCAUCAACAGCGGGAAGCCACGAUGGAAGAUUGAGAUGAUGCCUACGCCGCGAGUCAUGAGUGACACUGUCAUCCUCCCUAACGGAGAUGUGAUUCUAGUCAAUGGAGCUAAACGUGGAUGUUCGGGUUGGGGGUAUGGCAAGGAUCCUGCCUUUGCUCCCAUCUUGUACAAGCCUCGUGGUAAACGCGGCAAGCGUUUCAAGGAGCUCGCGGGCUCCACCAUCCCGCGUAUGUACCACUCCAUCGCUAUCGCUCUUCCCGAUGGUAAAGUUCUUGUUGGCGGUAGCAACACCAACGAUGGUUACAGGUACAACGUUGAGUUCCCAACGGAGCUUCGAGUUGAGAAAUUCUCACCGCCUUACCUCGACCCGGCUCUUGCCAACAUGAGGCCGAAGAUCGUCAUCAACGGAACACCAAAACAGAUUAAAUACGGAAACAUCUUCAAGGUAAAGGUGGAACUUGACCAAAAGGACGUGACCAAGGAGAAUCUCAAGGCUCAUAUGUUAGCACCUUCCUUUACAACGCAUAGUAUCUCGAUGAACAUGAGGAUGCUCCUCUUGGGUGUGGCUAAUGUCAACCCUGCUGGUGGCAAUUCUUUUGAAAUCGAAGCCGCGGCACCACCCAGUGGAAACCUGGCACCACCGGGUUACUAUCUUCUCUUUGCCGUUUACAAAGGUGUUCCCAGCAUUGGUGAAUGGAUUCAAAUCGUCUGACGAUGGUUUAUUACCAAUUUUUUUCUUCUUAUGCCUUAGCAUUUUACGUCAAAAUAAAAUCUAGUACUAAUCAGUUAAAAUAAUAUCUAGUAAUAACUUUUUUUCUUAUGCCUUAGCGUUUUAUGUUAAAAUAAAAUCUAGUCACAAUCAGUUUUUACUUAAUU